GGUCGGCUGGAGAAAAUAUGUCUGUCCGGAGGCACAUUGGGAAUCCUGAGUAUCUGACGAAAAGGAUACCGCAAAACCCAAGAUAUCAACAUAUCAAGUCAAGACUGGACACUGGUAACAGCAUGACCAAAUACACUGAGAAGCUAGAAGAGAUUAAAAAAAAUUAUAGAUACAAAAAAGAUGAGCUUUUCAAGAGACUAAAAGUGACAACCUUUGCCCAGCUGGUCAUCCAAGUUGCUUCCCUGUCUGAUCAAACACUGGAAGUGACAGCUGAGGAGAUUCAAAGACUAGAAGACAACGAUCCUGGGACUUCAGACCCUGAUGUGGAGAACAGUGCCAGGACCAAUGGGAAAGGGAGCCCUGGUGGGCAGUCGCCUAGUCCCGUCCAGUUCAUAAACAACGUGGGAGCCGGGGACUCCAGCCGCUCGACGCUGCAGAGCGUCAUCAGUGGUGUUGGGGAGCUGGACCUAGACAAAGGGCCAGUGAAGAAAGCAGAGCCCAACACCAAAGACCAACCUUAUCCCGACUGCCCCUUCCUGCUGCUCGACGUGCGAGAUAGAGACUCUUACCAGCAGUGCCACAUUGUUGGAGCAUACAGUUAUCCAAUUGCAACUCUAUCUAGAACAAUGAACCCUUAUUCAAAUGAUAUUCUUGAAUAUAAAAACGCCCAUGGCAAGAUCAUCAUCCUGUAUGACGAUGACGAGAGGCUGGCCAGCCAGGCAGCCACCACCAUGUGCGAGCGGGGCUUCGAGAACCUCUUCAUGCUUUCCGGAGGUCUAAAAGUCUUAGCUCAGAAAUUUCCAGAAGGACUGAUCACUGGUUCCCUGCCAGCAUCCUGCCAGCAGGCGCUUCCCCCUGGUUGUGCUCGGAAAAGAUCAAGCCCCAAAGUGCCACCCCUCCCGGCCGAGAAUAAAUGGAGAUUUACGUCAGAAGACUUAAAAAAGAUAGAAUAUUACCUGGAAGAGGAUCAGGGGCCUGCAGAAAACCCUAGCCGGCUGAACCAAGGGAACACCUCUGGAAGAGACUCCAAGGGUGGAAAAGACUCCAAGGUUCCUGCCACCGGGCCCCUGAGCUCCCGCUCCCUUGGCAGCAGCCCCCCACAAGGCAAGCCCUGGAAGUAA